AUGAUAAGAUUCUUGCUAAUAAGUAUUAUUCUACAUCCAAUUUUAGGAUCUGUAGUUGAUAAAGUAAAAACCUAUGAUAAUACUACACAAAAAAUAUUUAUUUAUAAUACAUAUAGUUAUGAUAAAAUAAUUGAUCUCUCAGUCAUCAACACAACAACACAAAUACUUGACUUCUAUGAGGAAGAUGAGUUAUGGACAGGUUAUCCUACAAGGGUACAUGUUGGCACUAAUGAUUCAAUCAAAGGAGACAAUCCACUCUUCGUUACCGCUGCUCAACAGAAAAGUAUCUCAUCAUGGGAAUUACCACUUACAGUGACAACAAAUCAUAGAGAGCUACAAUUUGAUGACAUAGCAAGAACUCUCUGCCCACAUGAUGCUGGACCAAAUAUAACAUCACAGAGUCGUCCGACAUUGACAUUAGCAACAUCUAGCUCGCAACCGAUCAAUGUAAAAAUAAAAUUACGCCGUGUUAAAGAUUUCUACUUGGAAAUGAAUAAGGAAGUCCCGUUAAAUUUGACUCCAAGUACACCGAAAUACUACUAUUUCUCAUUCGACAGAGAUCCUUGGAACAUGACAAAUAAAUUAUAUAAAGGAUUUUUACCAAAGUUUAACUACACAAUACCAAAGAGUGUGUUACUGACCAUAGAGUCUGAAGAGGACAUUUGUGCUGUAAUAUCCAUACAAAAUAACUCGUGUCCAGUGUUUGACAACGAAAAGGAUGUAAUGUAUCAAGGAUAUCACUUCACAAUGACGACUCGUGGAGGAAUUACUGUUACCCAAUCCAUGUUCCCGAAAGGUUUCUAUGUAGUGGUCAUAGUAAAAGAGAGUGAUGAGGAAUGUACGGGUGUGAGUGAGACAGACGAUGUCACUCUGUUUCGUCCUAAGGGCAGGUCCAAAACGUUUAGAUUAAAGAUUGUGGAAGCAGCGUCAACAAGUGAUUUCCUAAUGGGAGCAUUAGCAUCUCUAGCUUUGAUUUUACUGGUGACUGCGCUUGCGCCGCUUGGAAACUUGCUUACCUGCCGACAUGAAGAAUUCAUUUUAAUUGAAGAAUCGGUGGUGCCAUCUACGUCUCGGGAGAGUGCUGAAGCUGAACCCAUGGUCAGAAAUAUUAAUGUUUCGGACACCGAGUCGGAGGAUGAUGUUAUAGUAAAAUCGCUUCCCAUACCACUUAAUGUAGCUGGUUUGAGUCGUCACAACACGCAUAGUAGGAAAUCUAAUAGAUAUUUCUGGAGUGCAUUAACCGUAGCGGUCGUUUACGCUUUACCAGUUGUUCAACUAUUGCUCACAUAUCAAAGAAUGGUGUUCCAAACAGGCGAUCAAGAUGUUUGCUACUAUAACUACCUCUGCGCACAUCCAAUAGGCCCCUUAGCAGAUUUCAACCACGUUUACUCAAAUAUCGGCUACAUCAUUUUGGGUAUAGCAUUUAUGGUGCAAGCGAGAUGCAGACAUGUCAAGUUGGGGGAGAGUCAGGAGUUAGGUAUACCCCAACACCUGGGACUGUUCUACUCCAUGGGCCUGGCGUUAGCGAUGGAAGGUCUUCUAUCAGCCUGCUACCAUCUGUGUCCUAAUAAGAUGAACUUUCAAUUCGACUCGUCAUUCAUGUACGUAAUAGCUGUGCUGUGUAUGGUGAAACUUUACCAAUCGCGACACCCCGAUGUCAAUGCGUCUGCGCACGCUACUUUUAUGUUGCUAGCGUUACUUAUGGCUAUCGGAUUCUUCGGGAUAAUGUACCCCAGCGUGUAUUUUUGGGUCAGCUUCACAAUAAUGCAUCUCGCUAUCUGUUUCGUGUUCACAUUCAAGAUAUACUAUGUUGGGCGGUUUAAAAUGGAGCGAGCAAUAUUGCCCCGUGCGUGGUACAGUAUGCGCCAACAUGGCUGGCUGGCCUUCAAACCUAACUACACAGCGCGCGCAGUUCUGCUUGUAAUUGCCAAUAUGGCAAACAUUGCACUUGCUGCUUAUGGCCUCUACGAACACAAUAAAGACUUUGCCCGACACCUUUUGGCCAUAUUAAUGGGAAAUACUAUCUUAUAUAACGUCAGCUAUGUAGUCAUGAAGAUAGUACAUAGGGAGCAUAUACCGGCUGCUGCGUGGUUAUGGCUUGCUCUUGCGCAUAUAGUAUGGGGUGUUGCCGCAUAUCUAUUUCUGAGUUCAAGGACUAAGUGGUCGCAAACGCCAGCUCAGUCCCGCCAGCACAACGACAUGUGUGACGCAAUGCGCGUGUUCGACACACAUGAUCUGUGGCACCUUGCUUCUGCAGCCGCCAUGUUUUUCUCGUUCAACGCGCUUUUAAUACUUGAUGAGCCCCUUCAAAACACACCAAGGCAUCUUAUACCAGUGUUUUAA